UCUGAUACUCCCUUUGGGAAAAACCAGAGAGAGCCACCGCAAAUCUGCAAAAUUUAGAGCGCCUCUCAAACUCAGCAACACUAGCUUUGGCCUUGCCUUUUGAUUCCAUCCCUUCGCCUCCCCCAAAUUCAGAGUACUUUGUGUUUUUCCUCCUUUUUCUUCCUCUCUCUGCUUUUCUCUGCUAUCAUUUGCCGCUUAAACUUAAUUGAUUACACCCAUUCUCGUUCGACCCACGCCUGCACAAUUUCCGCCGCAUGCGAGGCUUCCCUUAGCUUCCCAUCAUGCGAGCUUGCUUUCUCUGUGACCCAUGUUUGAGCUUUCUUCAGCACUCUCUCUGACUCCUCCACUAUCUUUUCCUCCCAAUUGCUGCGCGCCAAGGUAGUCGCAUGCCCAUCAGAAUUCAAGUGCAGUUUGAUUGCUAAAAGAAGGGGCAAAGAUGAAAGUUCCCAGCUUUCUUCUUCUCCAUCUUAAAAGGGUCUCACGCAAUUUCUCUCCCAAUAGCCUCUAUGGGUGUUUGAGCUGAGGUUGAGCAGCUUUAAUUUCCGGAUUUCCCAGAACGAAAACAUUUUGGGUUUUUGAAUUGACAGGAGGUUUGAAGCAAAUUGGUGGUAUUGGCAGCUAUGGUUGCAGAAACUUGGAUUGUAAAGAUGGGUAACCAGGUGAGCGCCAAUCUCAAGCAAGCGCUUCUUCUCGAGACUUUAACGAAGAGAAAACAGAACCAUUCUAAAAGGUCAGAUGACAAACAAAUAAUAGGCAUUCUUUCUUUUGAAGUAGCAAAUGUAAUGUCGAAAACCGUUCACCUCCACAAAUCCCUCACAGAGUCCGAGAUCUCAAAGCUCAGGAACGAGAUCUUGACCUCGGAGGGUGUUAACAACCUUGUUUCCUCGGACGAGGCUUAUCUUCUCGAGCUGGCUCUCGCUGAGAAGCUCGAGGAGCUAAACCGCGUGGCAAGCGUGGUUUCAAGAUUGGGGAAAAAGUGCUCUGAACCAGCCUUGCAAGGGUUUGAGCAUGUCUACGGGGAUAUUGUUAAUGGAGUUAUUGAUGUGAAGGAAUUGGGGUUUCUGGUUAAGCAUAUGGAAGGUAUGGUGAGGAAGAUGGACAGGUAUGUGACUGCUACUAGAAAUUUGUACGGUGAAAUGGAGGUGUUGAAUGAGUUGGAGCAAGCAGUGAAGAAGUUUCAGCAUAAUCAGCAUGAGGAGAGUAAGCGGGCGUUUGAACAGAAACUUAUGUGGCAGAGGCAGGAUGUGCGGCAUCUCAAGGACAUUUCUCUUUGGAAUCAGACUUAUGAUAAGGUUGUGGAAUUGUUGGCCAGAACUGUGUGUACAAUUUAUGGUAGGAUCUCUGUGAUCUUUGGCGAACCAGCUUUAAGGAAGAACAAUCUUAGGCUUGGUGGAGUUUCACCUCCUAUGGACAAUGAAAAUGGAUAUGUGUCUGGCCAGAUUAAACGCAACCAAAGCAGGAAAAAUGGAUGUCACUCGGGGCCAGUGGGAAGACCAGCUUCGGAUAGAAAGGGAGCUAAUCGCAAACCUCAGCUAGAUGUGAGGAGAGGUGAAUUACCAUCUUUACGGCCUGAAGAUUUUGGCUUUCCAUGUGGGACAAGCCCAGGGAGACUUUUCAUGGAAUGCUUGAGCUUGAGCAGCUCAGGUUCUAAAUUUGACGACGAUGACGACGAUGUUGUUUAUCGGGAGGACCAAUACAGUCAUGGUUCAAGUUGUAGCGGUGUUUCAGGUAAUGGAAUGAAAAGGGAGAUUUCGUGCCAUUCUGGCGGUCUAAAGCAUGCCCAUAGUGGUGUUCCGUUCACUGGAGAACUAAGACAAAUCAAACCUGGCGUUUCAGGUAACUCAAGCUUUGGUCCCAAAAGUAGGUUAGCAGCUUAUGCUCCUCCUUCCACUCUUGGAGGUUCUGCUCUGGCAUUGCACUAUGCUAAUGUCAUAAUUGUCAUUGAGAAGCUGCUUCGUUAUCCACAUUUAGUUGGUGAGGAAGCUAGGGAUGAUCUAUACCACAUGCUUCCAACAAGCUUAAGAUUUUCUCUUCGGGCCAAAUUGAAGUCCUACGUGAAGAAUUUGGCAAUAUAUGAUGCCCCUCUUGCUCAUGACUGGAAGGAGACUCUUGACGGGGUACUCGGGUGGCUUGCCCCACUGGCGCAUAAUAUGAUCAGAUGGCAAAGCGAGCGUAAUUUUGAGCAACAUCAAAUUGUUAGCAGGUCAAAUAUUCUGUUACUUCAGACUUUAUACUUUGCUGAUAGGGUAAAGGCAGAGGAAGCUAUGUGCGACCUUCUGGUUGGGUUGAAUUACAUUUGUCGGUAUGAGCAUCAACAGAAUGCGUUACUUGAUUGUGCAAGCAGCUUUGAUUUUGAAGAUUGCAUGGAAUGGCAAAUGCAAUGUAGUGCAUCUUACCUUAAUUGAGUACAUUCUAAACUUUUGAAAUCCUCCUGUACAAGGUGGGCAUUUUCUUCAUUCAGAAUACCUUAAUGAAGUCAUUAUUUCUAUAGGAUGUGGGAUUCCAAACUUUGCAAGUUGAGGGAUAACAUUUGUUGAUGAAAGUAUAGCUGAAUUUAAUUGCAAUGCAAGUUCUGAAGUAUAUAAGCAAUGAUAUUCAUUGAAGGGGAGGGGGGCGGGGGAAGUUCACGUUAAGCUUUGUAAAUAUGUUGAUGUACAGCUUGCUUCCUGCUUCUUCUUCUUCUUAUAGUAUCUGGCUAUCUGCAACUUCUUGCAGCAUCAUAAUGCCUUUGUUAGAAUUGUUGUCAUGGAUAGCUGACGCUAUAAUUGAUAUCCUAUUGCUCCA